AUGAUAUUUUCUUUUUUUUAUUCAAGUAAAAACCGAUUAGAUCGUAAAAGGCUACCUCAACAACAAACGCGAUCUGAAAAUUUAUCUCCUUGUAAUUACCCUCAUAUUUAUUAAACCUAACCAAGACCAUAAUAAAUAAAUGUUUAAAUAUAAAAGAAUGAUAAAUCAGAUGAAACUGAUGAGGAGGAUAUUAAAUCAACGAAAGAAGGUUUUCUAUAAAUAGGAACAUCAGAAGCAAGCAAACUUAUUAAUCAUAAAAAUCGAAUUAAACUAAGAAGUGUUUCAAUGUAAAAAAAACAAAUUCAAUGUAUGUAAUUUCGAGAAUUCGAUAAUUUGGAUUAGAUUGCUGAAGAGUAACUAUAACUAUAGUACUCUAAUUUAGUGGUUCAUGUUAAUACAUUUCAGCAUCCAUGAUUAUAUUAAUUAAUAUUAAUG